GAUAUUUCCUCCAUCAUUUUUUGAUGUUAUGGAGCAUCUUGUUAUUCACCUGGCAAGAGAAUUGGAACUUGGUGGUCCUGUGCAGUAUAGAUGGAUGUAUUUGUAUGAGCGGUAUAUGUACCAUUUGAAGAAGAUGGUGAAAAAUUAUAGUAGGGUGGAAGGUUCUAUUACCGCACAUAUGAUAAAUUCAGAAACUUCAAACUUUGUCGAGUUCUACUUUCCAGCAGAAGUGCAGACCAAAAAAAGAAGACCUGCUCGGCAUGAUGAUAUAGGCGAACGGACAACAUAUCAUGUUAUGGUUCCAGACAUCUUCACAGAUGUUGGACGACUUAGCGGAAAACCAAAGGACCGUCGACUUACUGAGCAGGAGCGCAUUCAUUUGCAAACAUAUUUGCUCACCAACUGCGAAAAUGUUCUUCAAUAUGAGAGGUUUUUCAUGGCAGAAAAGCGGUUCGAAUAUAGAUUUGCCACAGAGGAGGAACUUGAAGAAAUGAAGCAGAGAGAAUUUUCUGGAUGAAUGCUUACUUAUGUGUUUGCUGGUAUGACCAGAGGUGAAACAUUUGACGAUUGGAUACGCGAGAUGGUGCGUGGAGCAGAGUAUGUUGUGAAGUCAUAUCCAAGAUUUUGUACUCGAGAAUAUGCAUUCACAACUCAAAAGAAGAGACGUUCGAGUACGACUUAUGAUGCUGGCGUUUGUUCUGCAUCUGGAGAUGAUGUAUACUACGGAAACAUACGGGAGAUUAGGGAAAUUAAGUAUCCGGGCAUGGUUGGAUUGCGCUGUACUGUUUUCUAUUGUGAUUGGUACGACAACACUCCAGAUCGAGGUGUGAGAACAGAUGCAUUUGGUGUUACAUCAGUACAUUCGAGGCGAAAGUUGCAAUACUAUGAUCAUUUCAUUCUUGCUUCUCAGGCCGAUCAGGUUUGUUAUAUCAAGUACCCCCGGGUUAGGAACAGAGAUGAUCCAUGGGUCACUGUUACAUCACUCAACCCGAGAGGCCGAGUUCAGGGAAGUUCUGAGCUGGAAGACCCACUACAACCAAGCACAUCCGGUAACUUAAGUGCAGCAGAAGAUUUAGCUGCAGUUGGCCUUGUAGUCGAUUUAACCGACUUUGGAGAGGAAUUUCCUCGGAAUAGUCCGAGACUUUUCCGACGAUUUAAGGCUUUUCUUUUAGGGUUUCUGUUUCCUCGGAAAAGCCUCGGAAUAUUCCGAGGAAAUUCCAAGGAAGUAGGGUUUUUAAACCGAAAAUAAUGUUUUGCGGUUUGAAUAACACUUAUAUAACCCUUAUU